GCCAAAGAGAGGACAGGUGAGAAAGGUGGCUCGUGACCUAGAAGGAACUGCGUUCUCUGGGUGCUGUGAUACAGCAGGCACUAUUCUCCAGAUACAUCAAAAAAUAAUUACUCUUGAUUGCAUCUGUGCUUCUCUGGGCAAUUUUCCUUGCCCACAAAUCUGUUAUAAUAGGACUGGGAUAAUAUAAUUUAAGUAGUUUCAAUUUGUUAGGAGAUAAGAGGUAUGCCAAGCAGACUAGCCAGCAGAAAGAGGAGAUAUUUUUCCUUCUAAAUUUUCACAUAGAGCUCAUUCCUAAUCAUAGUUGCUUUAAUCCAAUUGACUCAAAUGCUUUUCUCCACAAUGGAACUAAAGUUGUUACUUGAGGGAAGAAUUUAAUCCAGUCCUGCAUAGCAAAGGUUUUUUUUCAUCUGAGGGUGGCUGACUUCAAUAAUGGCAUUUACACUAUCCCAAGGGCUUUUUUCCUUUAAAAAAAAAUUAGAAGAGACCGCCCCUAUGUGAGUCCCCUCCUUGGGACUUUUAGUAGAAAGUUCCUGUGGAACAGUGGUUUUGAAACAUUGAGUCCCAGACCCUGUAAGAAUCUGAUUAAACCCAUAAACCUCAUCCACAGAAAAAUGCACAAGGAACAAAAUUUUCCUGUCUGUGGAUGCAGGUUAAGAACUCCUAGCCUACAGAGAGUGUGGAAAUGAUCAAGGUCAGUGGGGGAAUGGUCAUCCUUGGGGUCUAAAAGAGGACAUGUUUCCCUCCCUUCCUUAACCAGAAAGCAGGAACACAGUGGGAAUACCAAUGCAGGCUCAUUUCUGAGGACACAAGCAACUUCAGUUCGGGGGCUUCCCUUGGGCCUGGCAGAGGCCAGGCCUUAGAACUGCGCUGUACUCUGAGACUCUGCCUACCUAAUCUCUCUUUCCCCUCUCCUUCCACAAGUAUUAGACCUGCCUUGUGGUCUGAAGGCUUUCCUGGCCUACUCCUUUAUCCUUCCCAGGUGUUUCCCCAAAAAAACUUCUUAUACUUCUAAUUUCAUCUUGGUGCCCUGCUUCUAUGAGGACCCAAACUGACAGAUCUGUAUUUUGGCAGUUCACCGCACCUUUACACAGCGUCCAAGGAAGGAAUCUUAUUAGAGUCCUCCCGUCCUCACUCCAACACAGAAACUAUACCCCUUAAGACAGUGACUUCUUAAACUUGUCCAGUGGGAUGAAACCUGCAGAAGCCAACAGUCCAAUGAUGUUCUUGUUUCACAGAAGCCAGGCUAGGUUUGAGAUUUCUGCCUCCGUGUCUAAGAAAAGACCUACUAAGGAUAAGUGCCAAUGGUAUGGGAUAAAUUGGUAUAUAGGGCCAAAUCAAUAAGAGGCCUUACCUUCACUAGGCUUGAAAAUGUGACACUGGCUCAUACUGGAAACAUCUUUCACAGUUAUACAACAUUAAACCUGGAGCUGUACAUUCAUAACCAAGGUCUAAAAAGCAAUGACACUAUUCAACAGAGAGAAGCUAGAGUAGGUCAAGUAAAAACAGUCAAAGCAAAAAUCCUAUUAAAAAAUGUGAAUGACCUUUUGUAUUCACUAGAGAGAUUCCUACAACAGUUAGUAUGAGAUUCAAGUCAGUUCUUACAGGUGCCAGUAUUAAGUGUGCAAAUGCUCUAUUGUUUGAGCGCCACAACCUCAAUCCCAGCGUCAACUGAGGCUUUCAGUUGAAGGAGUAGGUGAGAUUCUGGGGCAAAUACAAGGCAGCAUGUCAGAAUCCAGCCACAUUAUAUCACUUAUCCUAAAUCAUUUCUGUUCCAGUGUUAAUGCUUAGAGCAUGCAGUAUUAAAAUGACUGCAUCAACCGACCCUUUUCUCCCAGUAGAACAUCAAAAAUCAACUUAGCAUUAUUUUUCAAUCAGCAUGGUAAUAAAAUAUUGUUACAAAAUAGGAUAGAGAAGUCUUUUUAAUUAGAGUUCUACUGAAAUUAUCAGAGUAAAAUAACCAAAUGUUUUGUUUUGCAAGCCUUUUUUUCCCACUCUUUAUACUUGGUUUAUGAUGUUAAGCUCUUAACGACAAGAGAAGCCACGUCUACUUAGCUAGUUUACCAACACAUCUAAAGCAAAUCAUAGUCAUACUUCUAUUUUAACCAAACAUGACAGCAACAUGAUUGAGUAGCAGCUUUCCAAACUGCCAGAGCAGUGGGCACUAUCUUGCAUAGUCUGGCGUUAAAUCAGCACUUCAUAAAUCGUGCGGGCUCCUGCCCAUUUAGAUGAUCUCUCUAUGCAGAAUUGGCAGUCUAACACUGGCUCUUGCAAGCAUGAAAAAUCAUCACUCUGCUAACCCAACUCACUGUUCAGACGGGUCUUCCUGAAUGCAGCCUUUAUUACAACCUCACUGCUGCUUCUUACACUGAAGGAAUACCAUGUUUUUAAGUCAGGAGUUCUUCUUUCUUGCUUUAUUUUAAUCAGGGGGUCUUACAACAACCCCAAUACUGUUACAAAGCACGGCGCUUUAUAACAGUAAAGCUUCUGGAAAACCCAAACAAAAGACACGUCACCCGGUGACGUCAGCCUACAUACAGUUCUGUGUGGUCGCAGCACAUAAGCAAAUCCAUUCUUGUGCCGUUUCUCGGAAAAGCUUUUCAGUAAAUGCACUCAUGCUGCUCCAGGAGCUCUUCUCUGCAACAAGCCACCCAUCUGCCAUCAACAAGUUAAGACCGAGGGAACUAACGGCUACGGAAAGGAAAAACUGAAGCUUUGAUUAACCAGCUAAGCAGUCGGAGGAGGAGAAAAUAACAUAUUCAAAACUGAUUUAGAGGAUCAGAGCCAUCACAGAAAAUGAAGCCAGUGCUCUCCAGAGGAAUAUCCUAAAGAAAAACAAACAAACAACUCACCCUGGUGGAUUAAAUUUUACUCAGAGAGCCUGGGACACAGAAACAGGAAACUGGUCAAAGGCUCCUGCAUGUUAGAGCCUUUUACAGACUCACUGCGCUGAGUCUAAGAACCGCGACUGAAUGCAGCCUCCAAUGUGCUCAGAAGAAUGGGUAAGUCCAUGGAUUCAUGUCUUGUACAGUCAGCAAGGAAUCACACUUUUAAAUAAGCCACUGAAUUCACAUUUAGAAGUGAAAUCGUUGUCAUAUUUUUUGAUUUUGCGGUUUAUAUGAAACCAUAUAAUGCUGAUGACAGGGACAUGUUUUAUCCUAUUUUUAAAUGAUGUUUACGUUUUGUUCCAGUUAUACUAACAAGGUUAGUUUUUCUGCAGCAAAUGUAAAAUAAGUUAUAUGCAGUGAAAUCUUCACCAUAAUGCUGUUGUGUUUUUUUUUUUCCCAAUAGUCCAUAUGAUCUGCUGAAAAAUAUCCUAUCUUCUUGUUUCCUUAAAUUAUAUUCUGCAGGCUUACAUUUCAAGUGGCCAUUAGGGGCCCCUAUGCUGGCAGCAAUAUAUGCAAUGAGUAUGGUUUUAAAAAUGCUGCCUGCCCUGGGUAUGGCGUGUCCACCCAAAUGCCGCUGCGAGAAGCUGCUCUUCUACUGCGACUCUCAGGGCUUCCACUCGGUGCCAAACGCCACAGACAAGGGCCCUCUGGGCCUGUCCCUGAGGCACAAUCAUAUCUCGGAGCUCGAAAGGGAUCAAUUUGCCAGCUUCAGUCAACUUACCUGGCUCCACUUAGACCACAAUCAAAUUUCAACAGUAAAAGAAGAUGCUUUUCAAGGACUAUAUAAACUUAAGGAAUUAAUCUUAAGUUCCAACAAAAUAUUUUACUUGCCAAACACAACUUUUACCCAACUAAUUAACCUGCAAAAUUUGGACCUGUCUUUUAAUCAGCUAUCAUCUUUACACCCAGAGCUCUUCUAUGGCCUCCGGAAACUGCAGACCUUGCAUUUACGGUCCAACUCCCUGCGGACUAUCCCAGUGCGCCUGUUCUGGGACUGUCGUAGUCUGGAGUUUCUGGAUUUGAGCACAAACCGUUUGCGAAGUUUGGCUCGCAAUGGAUUUGCCGGAUUAAUCAAACUGAGAGAGCUUCACCUAGAGCACAACCAGCUGACGAAGAUUAAUUUUGCUCAUUUCCUACGGCUAAGCAGUCUGCACAUGCUCUUCUUACAAUGGAACAAAAUUAGCAACUUGACAUGUGGGAUGGAGUGGACCUGGGGCACUUUAGAAAAGCUAGACCUGACUGGAAAUGAAAUCAAAGCCAUCGACUUGACGGUGUUUGAAACUAUGCCUAACCUUAAAAUACUCCUUCUGGAUAACAACAAGUUAAACAGCCUUGAUUCCAAGAUCCUAAACUCCCUGAGAUCCCUGACGACUGUUGGCCUCUCUGGCAAUCUGUGGGAAUGCAGCCCCGGCAUAUGUGCUUUGGCCUCCUGGCUGGGCAGUUUCCAAGGUCGGUGGGAGCAUUCCAUCCUAUGCCACAGCCCUGACCACACCCAAGGAGAGGAUAUUCUGGAUGCAGUCCAUGGAUUUCAACUCUGCUGGAAUUUGUCAACCACUGUCACUGCUAUGGCUACAACUUAUAGAGAUCCAACCACUGAAUAUACAAAAAGAAUAAGCUCAUCAAGUUACCAUGUGGGAGACAAAGAAAUCCCAACUACUGCAGGCAUAGCAGUUACUACCGAGGAACACUUUCCCGAACCAGACAAUGCCAUCUUCACUCAGCGGGUAAUUACAGGAACAAUGGCUUUAUUGUUUUCUUUCUUUUUUAUUAUUUUUAUAGUGUUCAUCUCCAGGAAGUGCUGCCCUCCCACUUUAAGAAGAAUUAGGCAGUGCUCAAUGAUUCAGAACCACAGGCAGCUCCGAUCCCAAACACGGCUCCAUAUGUCAAACAUGUCAGACCAAGGACCGUAUAAUGAAUAUGAACCCACCCAUGAAGGACCCUUCAUCAUCAUUAAUGGUUAUGGACAGUGCAAGUGUCAGCAGCUGCCAUACAAAGAAUGUGAAGUAUAAUAUCUACCUGUCAUCAAAAAUCACAUCAGAUAAGUAACCUAUUUUACAUUGUAGGGGCUAAACAUAUCUAAUUUUUACCAAUGGUGACAUUAAGCCUAAUUUUCCAAGCCAAGUGGAGACUUAGUUUUUGAAGUGUUGAAGUAUUUUUAAUUUUUUUUAACAAAACCAUAUUUUAAGUGUUAAAUGAAGCAAUGCUCACAUUAAUUUGCACUGCUGUUGGAAAGUUUAAAAAUGCUCACUUCAAAAUAAGACAUUUCAUGUAUGUAAUUAUAUACUAUCAUGUGUAAACAUUUCACUAAGGUCUCCAUAUGCUAUUUUUUUCUACUGAAAAGUUUGGAAAGAAGCUACUGAGCAGAAAAAGAUAGGGAUCAAUUCUUGUUUGAUCAUUGCUCUCCAUCCCACAUACCACAACUGGUUUGCUGCUUAAAAGGAGACUUAGCAAAGUUCUCUUGUAUGAUAAUUUGGUAUUAACUCAAAUCAACAACUUACUGCCAGUAUGGGAAGUAGAAUUUCACAUAUGCUGUAGACUGGUAAAUAUUAAAUACUCUUCUUCCAGAGUUUUUGCCUGGGUUAGUAGAUAUUAUCAAAGUCCACAUCAUGAAAUCAGAACCUUUAUAUAAUUCUAACAACCUAAGUGACUCUUUAAUAUACUUAAUAAAUCCAAGUGUUUGUGAAAACGUCUCAUUACAAUGAAAUCAAUACCAAAUAAUUACACUGACUUCUUAUCAUACAUCUCUAGUGUGACUUAUAAUGGACAUGUUGAUUUAUGUGGCAUGUUGACUAUUAUUUUAAGCUAGUAAUUACCAUUUUACUAAUUAAUUUACUAAAUCCUGUAUUUACAUUUAUAUUUUAAAAAGAUUUAAAAACUAUUUGAGAUAAAAGAUAAAUUGAGUCAAUUUAACAAUCUUAUGACACACUCUCUCUAGUUUGGAACACACACACAUAAAGUCUCUUCUUUCUCUCAACAGUUAUGCCUUGACAAAAGGGUUUAAACCUUCCUUCUGCUUCUUCCUGAUCUUCAAACCUCAAAGAGCCAAAUUAAAAAUAAUUGGCUAGCAACAGGCAUAACACUGAUUCUUGUUAGAGUAUAUUAUAAAGGAACCAUGAAAAAAAUCACCUCCUAAAUUAUUAUAUGCUAAACUUUAACCUUUUAAUAAACAUACACAUCCACAUUGUAAGAGCAGUUCUUUCUAAGGUAAGGGAACGACGCAUUACCCAGUUGAACCUUUUCAUGGGCAGAACACCUUACAUGCCUAUGCACCCACACAGCAGUUAACUUGAAGCCAGUCCAAGGUGAGAGGAUAAGGGGAAAGGCAGCAUUAUGAAAUGUGGCUCUCGCAGAAGCAGGUUAACUGAAAUUACAAUACAGCCAAGAGCGAGGCAACCUGGUAACUACACAAUCUACAUCAAAGAGGGCAAGGGCCCAGGAGCUGAAGUGGUGGGGGAGAGGUUUCUGUGGUAUUAAUUAUAAAGAUCCCAUAAUUAACAAAUGAUAAUGGUGUCACAUUUUCAUGCAGAAAGAACAAGUAUUUCAUUUCUUCAAUUAUGAUUUCUGUCAAGAAACUAUGACAUAUUUGGGAUAGAUACAAGUUACAAAUUCACAUUUAAAAUUCUUUCAUAAACAAGGAUCCAUAUAUAUAGUAGCAAAACCUGUGAAAUCAGAGCACUGACCUGAUUUUAGAAGAAUGAGCACUUUUUCAACUGCCAUUUACCUUAUGUGAAAAAAGGCAUAAAUUCUUAGAGAAAACCACUACCAUUUUAAAAAACAAGUUAUCUUUUCCUAAACAUGACCAUUAACAUAAUGAUAUUCUUCAUUCAAGGCAUGUUUUCCUCCCAGGUUUGAAUUGAAAAUAUUAUGACUACAGUUUAACCCUUAAGAUUUAAUCAAUGUUUUUCCUUUUUAAUACUACAAGAGGAGUGUACGUCUAUAUUUCAAAGAAAAUGUGCCUCAGUAAAAUGCAAAUAUGAUCACAAAUUAUGGUAAAAAUGUGCUCAGUUUUUUAAGGUGGACAGAUUACUUUGACAAAGACUCAGCCCAGUUCAGCUGAUUCUGCGCGGUGAGCAUUUUAUCUCUUAUUAAAGCAGGCCCUGCCUGGGCUUGCCUGGGCAGGGACAGAAGCAGAUUUAGAAGGAUAGAGCGCAGCUCACUGAGGGGAUGGAUCAGAAGCCCCCUACAAAUAAGAGCUGUACAAGCUAAAAUUUACCAACCCAAUUAUCAAGGUGACCACAGCCAUUUGUCAGGGGACAGACUGGUCACACCACAACCGUGCCCUGCUCAUACAAGAUUCCAUCAGUCCUGAAGGAUAGCGGAGAAGGAAUAUUUUCCAUUAUUUCAACCAUCACCAAAAUUAACUCAAACUGUGAGCUGGAAGGGUUUAAGAAAUAUUGGCUGGGAAACCCCAUAUUAAUCCUAAAGGUUACAGUUAGUAAAGCGGACCAUCAACUGGCAAAAUCCUAAAUGUACGUGGAAAAAGCGAAUUGGAAAAGCCUGCUAUUUAGUAUAGUAAUUCAGGGGAACUGCAUAACCAAGGCCACUGAGGCACACUUUCCCUUGAAAAAUAAUUGAUAUUUUUUGCUCUCCAUUUUUUUGGUAAUGUCCUCUGAAAAAAGUGAAUAACAGUGCCAAAAAGGUAUUUUCCUUUCUCUUUUACAGAGCAAACUUUCCUUUUCUAUUGCCUAUAGAAGGCAGGGUUCCAUUUAAUUUUGGUCUAUAUUGUGCUUUGGUAUCAGCAUACGUUUGAAAAUGAGACUGUUAGGCAUCUGUGCUCUCUUUACUAACUGGCUAGCUAGGGUGGAACAUCACGGCAACACUGCAGAUCCUGUUAACAUAGUGUUCGGGCUUUCAUUUUUGUUUUGUGGGGUUUUAUCCUCUCCCCUUCCCUCCCUUCCUAACAUCUUUUUUUUGGGGUGGGGGGAAUUAAUUUUCAAGGUUAAAGGAAAGUGACCACUUAACCAAGAAAAAAAUCUUUCUGGAAAAAAUGAAAACUAAAAGCUAAAGAAAGCUAUGAUACUGUACUCACCUAGCAACCAAGAGCUAGUUUGGAAUCGUUUAGAUUCAUUUCUGUAGCUCACCAGAGAUUUCAAUCACCUUUCUGAAAAGACAGUGGGCUGGUAAAUUUGCAAAUCCGUACACAACUCUGAGAAUACCCACUGCCACAUUAAGAAGUAAAGAUACUCAUUUUUAAGCCAAAAAUCUGUACCAACACAUGUAAUUUCUUAAUGUGCCUAAGUUAAUUUCUGUACCAAUUCAAUGAAUGGAAUUGACUGAACUUCCCAACUCCACUAAUUAUUAAAAUUCAUCUGCUUAUUCUAAUGCUAGUCACUAGGAGCUAGACUCCAUCUUUCCAAUAAAAUGAGCCCUGUGUAGCACUAGGUCUGAAUCCUAAAAUUCAAAACAGGGAAAUCAUUUUCUUAAGGCAUACUUCCUACACACAGGUAUCAGGAAAAAAAGUUAUAAAUGCCCUGUUCUUUCUCUCUUAACUGUGGAUAUCAAUAUGAAAUUUUUUUCAGAAUAUUUUUAGCAGCUGACUUAUAUAAUUAUUUUCCUAACAGAGCAAUACAGUGACAGGUGUGUCUCAGAAGUCAGCUUUGGUACAUGCUUUUCAUAUCUUAUUGGUUAAAGUCCUUCAGCCAGAAAGAGACAAAGGGCCAUCUACAGAUAAUUAAGUAUUUCUUUAUCUAACCUAGGGCAAACUCGUAGUACUCAAAUAAGACCAAAAACAAAUACAAAAUGACUGUUUAAGCUUGCGUACUGCUGUCGCAAACAUUUGGAAACUUCUACUCUUUCAACUAACCUUUUCUUCCUGGGUGAU